GUUGGUUGUGUCCUGACGAGGGUGCAUCGAAGGAGCCAGGAUCGGUCAUGCCAUCAUCGAGAUGUGAAUGCCUUGUAGUAUCUUGUCGUUGAAUUAAUAUUAUUCUCAUUUGUCGGUUGUAGGAGGAGCAUAGAUUUUUAUGUUUGAGCUGGCGCUGUAGCCGUACUACAAUCCGUAGACGUAUACUUUUUCGAUCUACAAGAAGUUUCUUUGGUAUAAAGGCGAUGUCGAAUGAUCCUCUACAUCCUCACUCGAAUUGGUCCAACUUUAUCGCCCGCAAUCAAUCUGUCUGUUGUCGGUGAGAGAAGAGACCCCACUUGAGCCCAUCUUUCCCAAGCUUCCAGCAGACCUGUCGAUAGCGUCUAUCGAAGAAUCGACAUCAUAAAUUUGAUCAGACAUCCACACUUGACUAGAUCGAUGCGGAGACAUCGAUGAAUGAUCAUGAUCAGUAAAUAAAUCGACGAAAAAUAAUACAAGUUGUUUCUGAGCUCCGGACAAAAAGACUCUAAUGUCCACGUUUGUUUGAUGUUGUUUCCACCAAUAGGUCUUCGACUAAUUUGUUGUAUUUUAUCCUUUUCUGUUUUUUUGGUUUUGCUCAGCCCCCUCAUUUUGUUAUCAAGAUACUAACCUCUAUUCAAGAAUCGUAUUGAAUCAUGUCUGGCAUGCAGCUUUUCUUGUCCUCUGCACUGGAUUGGACUUGCGAAGGAUUUCAUCCAUCAAAAAGUACCAGUCUCGGCUUCACCUCACAUUGUUUUAUACCAGAGGACCCUUCUCCAGGUUGUGCCACUGGGUGGGUGCGACAAGCAAACAAGAAGUUGUCCGAUGGUUAUAAUUCGAUGCUGACUGGUGCAACUUCCACUUCUAGAGCUAGAAGUAGCUUUUUGCACACAUCAAUUGGUCCAGCGGCCGAGCAACAGUGCGCGACAACGACAGCAUCCUUCUUUGCCAGCGGGAGCAAGCAAAGAUUGCCGAAGAGACUCUGCACAGUACAAUCUUCAAUCCUACCAGACGCGAACGCGGCUGAGAAGACUUGCUUUUUUGGCGCUGAUACUACUAGAGACGAGCAAGUGGACAAGGAUGUCAGAAUGCUUGCGAGGUCUGCGAAACGUGGUGGUAGAAGGACGGGUGCAGCUAAGAAGAGAUGGACGAGCUUCCCUGGCGAACAAGGCAACGCUGGUGGUGAAGACGAGGCCGACGAAGAGGGGGAGGAUGGCGAAAACGGAGAGGAAGCUGAUGAAGAAGACGGUGCAGGAGACGGAGAAAAAGAGGAUGAUGGCAAAAAUUAAGGGCAGCUUUUCACUAUCCUGUGUGAAGGUUUUAUGUCAAGAAUCAAUCGAAUGAGUCUAGCUAGUUCUUGUAUAAGAAACCAGUGGUGUGGGCAAUGCCAAAGAGGACUCAAGGAGAACCAGGACAGGCAAAUUUUUUACUUCCUCAGUCGCCAUGCAGCGUGAAACAAUGUCUACCUCUAAUAAGCAGAAGCGUUACUAGAGGAUAUAAAAGAAGCGGGUGAGGAAGCCGCAGAAGAGGAUGCUCAGGACGCAGAAGAAGCUGCAAGUGGAACGGAGGAGAGUAAAAAUGCUGCCCUACCAGCCACGAGCACGCGGCGAGAGCGAAUCACAGAAUUGAAAAACGAAACGACACUCAAUGAGGAAGGCGCCGGCCGGACAGUGAGAAACGACGAUGUCUACCCGCCAUUGAAGCGCAGUGUUACCUUCAAAGAUAAGGCGAAUGAGCCGGUAUCUUUUUAAUUUUAGGAAAAAAUCUUAUUUCCAUCUUUUUAUGAGUAUUUUUGUUGCCCUUCCUCCGUACAAGAAGCAAAUAAAUUUUUCCUAUGUAUAUUUUGGUUUACCUUCAGCUUCACGUUCAUCACACUCAUUCUACUUAGCAACAUUACUACAAAAGUGGCACAAGAACAAAAUUUAAAUGUAAACAUUAUCAGAGGCUAUUGGAGCCGAUUCUUCCGGAAUGCAGUCGACAUGUGAAGGAUUGUCCUCGCGCGGAGCAGGAUAUCGAAGAUGAGGAUAUUCCCCCCGAUGCAGGAAGCGAGCCAAAUGCUAUGCCGGAUCUUGCAGCUGAGGAAUAGAAGAAUACUACUUGCAGUACACAUACUUACUGAAAAAUAUUAAAUGUGGCUGAAGAUCCACCUCGAAAAAUGGUUGAACGGUCAAAGAUCUGGUGCAAUUGAUUUCUUGUUUGUGCGCGAAGUUACCAUAAAUCCUUGUUCGAAGUUUCCAAGAAUGAUGUAUUUGUCGCGUCUUCAU